AUGAGCAGCGCGCCGCGCACUAGCCAGCUUUCUGGCUCGACCGCCUUCAACAGCUCCACACAGUCUCUCAACUCGCUCUCCAGCGCCCAGACCGUCGUAACCCCGAUGAAUGGUGCGGGUGGCCCUGUGAUUGCGACUGCCAAUAUCAUCAACCAGAAAGCCGAUGCGUCACGGUCACUAUACCAAAUCUGCAUAGCCCUUCGGCAGAGGCUGAAUCAGGUCCCUAGCCUCGAGCCCUACUUAGAGGAGCUGGACCCCAACGACCCUGUUGAUUCCCUCUGGAACUUUUUCCGCACGGGCAUGCCCUUUCUCACCAUUUUCAACGCACUGCAACCGGCCGAGCCUAUAGGAAUCGACGAGGCGAACGCGAAUGCGCCCGAAGCCAAGAAAUCCAAGAUUGCCGUCUUCAAGUUUGUGCAAGCCUGUCUGAAAGACUUGAACAUUCCGUCUGCCGACUGUUUUGUUAUCAGCGAUGUCCUAGGCACUGAUACUAGCGGUUUUGUCAAGGUCACGCAAGUCGUCAAUUAUGUGCUCGAUGUCGCUGAGCAGCGUGGACUACUCCUCCAAGCACAGCCGUAUCCUAACGAAAACACCAUGGAUCAAGCCGCAACUUCCCAGAUGAGCUACCGGGAUCAUAUCCUCAAGGAGUUGGUUGAUACCGAGCGCAAGUACGUCCAAGAUCUCGAGAACUUGCACGACCUUAAGAAGACCCUGGAACAGAGGGGCAUUGUUCCUGGAGAUGUUGUCCACCAAAUCUUCCUUAAUAUCAACGCCAUCCUUGAUUUUCAACGGCGAUUUCUCAUUCGGGUCGAAACUACCAACUCCAUGCCGGCCAAUAACCAGAGGUGGGGCAACCCAUUCGUGACGUUUGAAGAAUCUUUCGACAUCUACACGCCCUUUAUUGCAAACCAAAGGAAGGCGGCGCAAACCGCCAAUCUCGCCUUUGACAAGAUUCAGGCCGCGGACCAUCCCGUAGCUGUUGACUUUAACACGCUUGACGGCUUCCUGUUAAAGCCUAUGCAACGCCUUGUCAAGUACCCUCUUCUACUCAAGGAUCUCUGCAAGAAAUCAGAAGAUGAAAUCGUUAAGCAAGACCUGACUCUCGGUAUUGAAGCCGCCGAACGAGUUCUUACCAAGGCCAACGAAGCUGUAAACCGCGAUCUCCUUGACGAGGCGAUGGAGGAUCUCAAAGUAAGGGUUGACGAUUGGCGAAGCCAUCGUAUCGAACAAUUUGGCAACCUCUUGCUUCACGGAGUCUACACAGUCGUGACCGGCCGCACUGACCAAGAGAAGGAUUAUGAAAUCUAUCUUUUCCAGUACAUCCUGCUCUGCUGUAAGGAGGCCUCGGCAUCCAAGUCGAAGGACAAGAAAGACAAGACUCGAUCGACUGGACCCAAGAUCCGUAACAGAAGUGCAAAGCUGCAGUUGAAGGGCCGUAUCUUCAUGACGAACGUAACCGAAGUUGUGACGCUUGCAAAGCAAGGUUCAUACAGCAUACAGAUCUGGUGGAAGGGCGACCCUGGCGUAGAAAACUUCACCAUCAAGUUUUCCAAUGAGGAGACAAUGAAGAAGUGGGCGAGUGGGCUUGAGGCGCAAAGAAAGGCUAAUACACUUCCAAAGUCCACCUCUAGCCCAGAUCUAGCACCGCCAGAAUUCCCUUGGCUCCGAGCCCAGGCCAACAGCAUCAGCGCGAUGGAGAAUCCUUACAAGGAGCAGGACAUGGAUGAGGAGGAGGAUUACGGUGCACCCGGCUCUGUACCUUUCGGGGUUACCCAGUCGACUGGUGGUACGAUGCUUCCCCGAAAUGCCUCGAACACGAGUCUGCGUCAGCGGUCUGCCACGGGAGAUAGCUCUCAAUCGCUCGCGGGCAUUGCCCGCGCACCACCCGCGAUAUCCUCUGCCAACACCACCAGCUCCACUGAGUCUCCAGACGCAACUAGCUGGCCGUGCAUUGGUGGCACAAUGUCUCAGUUCCCCGCUCAGCCCAUAUACCCCCGCCAGACAACACCAGGCCCGGCUCCGGGGCAGGCGCCCAUGUCUAUGGACUCUCGAACCGUUUCGCCCCCGCCGAACAUGGCCAACAAUGCCUUCAACGACGAGUUGGCGUUGCCCACCCAACUAAAGGUCAAGGUUAAUUGUGAGGGUGGCACGUACUUUACUUUGGUCGUGGCCUUCAACAUCACCUAUCAGACCCUGAUCGAUCGCAUCGACGCAAAACUCGCGAGGUUUACGAGCAGCAGCAUUGGCAGGGGCCUGCUGAAGCUCCGAUAUAGGGACGAAGACGGCGACUACGUGAGCAUCGAAAGCGAUGAUGACAUCCAAAUCGCCUUCCUCGAGUGGCGGGACGGUAUGCGCAACAUGUAUCCUGGUGGGGUGGGUGAGAUUGAGCUCUUCUGUGUUGGUGAUACCCCGGCGUGA